AAGAUAACAGUUGAAGUUUGUAAACAAUAUUUGUGUUGUGUAGGUUACAUCGAAUUUAUUAUUAAUAUAUUGUUAUUUAAUUAUUUUCCACUGCAAUGGAUGUUGGAGAGCUUCUUUCAUUUAAGCCUGUCAGCACUCCCAAGCGACAUGCUCCAGGAGAUUUGGAUGAGGAUGAAGAAGAACAAGACUAUAGUAAACAAAAAAAGCUUAAAAAACUUAUGAAGUUGAAUAAAAUGGCAGAAGCUGAGAAAGCGGAACAAGAAAGAUUAGAGCGAUUGGAGAAAGAACGUACACGUAAAGAAGAAGAACAGGAUAUGAUACUGAAAUUGGUGGAGAGUAGUGAACCACAGGAAGAUGAUAUUUUGAAUGAAAAUACCUUGAAACGAAUGCUUCUUUUAUUUGAGAAAAGAGCUCUUAAAAAUCAAGAAAUGAGGAUUAAGUUCCCAGACUCUCCUGAAAAGUUCAUGGAAUCAGAGGUCGAAUUACACGAGGUUAUACAAGAAAUGCAUGCUAUUGCAACUGUUCCUGAUUUAUAUCCAAUCAUGGUCCAGCUCAACUCGAUUCCUUCGUUACUCGAACUUCUUUCUCAUGAAAAUUCUGAUAUUUCUGUUGCAGUUGUAGAUCUUUUGCAAGAAUUAACGGAUGUUGAUAUUUUAAAUGAAAGUGCGGAAGGAGCAGAAGCGUUAGUGGAGUGUCUUCUUAGCCAGCAAGCAACGUCUCUCCUGUUGCAUAAUCUUCAGAGGCUAGAUGAAAAUGUAAAAGAAGAGGCUGAUGGGGUACAUAACACUUUAGCCAUAAUUGAAAAUUUGGUGGAACUUCGACCUCAGUUAGUGAGUGAGGUUGGGAAACAAGAACAUGUUGUUUCAAUUAUUGCUUCAAUGUUGCGUAAUUGUCGGGGAGCGCAGAGGUCAAGGCUAUUGAGUAAAUUUAGUGAAAACGAUCAUGAGAAAGUAGACCGGCUUUUGGAACUUCAUUUUAAAUACAUGGAAAAAGUUGAUGUAAUAGAUAUAGAACUGGAAAAUAGGGUCAAAAAGGAGCAAUUGGAUGAAGACGAAAUGUACUUAAAACGCCUUGAAGGUGGUUUAUUCACCCUGCAGCUAAUUGAUUAUAUCAUGUUAGAGGUGUGCGCGGGAAGCUCGUCCAGUGUCAAACAACGUGUUACUCUUAUUCUAAAUCAGCGAGGAGCUUCAUUGAAAACUAUUCGCCAUAUAAUGAGAGAAUAUGCUGGAAAUCUUGGAGAUGAAGGAGAUUCAGAAUGGAAAGAACAGGAACAACAGCACAUUCUCCAACUUGUUGACAAAUUUUAGAUGGAAGAGGCACUGAAAGAUUCAGAUGUAAUGAAAAUAGUCAAAGAUGUUUUAAUCAAUGAAAUAAUUAUGUUCCAUUUUGUCUAUAACUCAUUUUAUAUUUGAUAUUAUCUGUACAUAAAUAUGUAGCCUUCUAAUAUUUGUAUAAAUCAUUCUAUAUGUUAUUUAUUUAAAUGUUUUGUUUAAUAAUUAAUUUUAAAAGUGUCUUGGUUUUUUUUUUAUUUCUUUUUCAUCUUACUUUUUUGUCACAUAGUCUUUAUAAAGACAGUUUUUAUAAUGUAUAAAUAAUGUGUAUAUUUUGAAGGUGAAUUUUAGUUGAAGAUAAGAGUAGAUAUAGGUGCUAUGUAAAAAAGUCUUAAAAAUAUACUUUUCUUAUGAUUAAAG